GGCACGUCCGCGCGUGCGCACCCCGCGCGCGCGCGCGUCUGGGUCGAAGAGCGGCUCUUGGGGGUCUCCUGUGCAAAUGGGCUCCGUGGCCUAGCGCCCCCGUCCCUGCCACCCGUCACCGCGCGCCGAGGCCCGCAAGGGGUCGCCGCCGAGCUGCCCCCCAGCCCAGCCGGACCAUGGCGGCCAUCCCCUCCGGCGGCUCGCUCGUGGCCACGCACGACUACUACCGGCGCCGCCUGGGCUCCGCUUCCAGCAGCAGCUCGUGCGGGAGCGCCGAGGGCCCCGGGGAAGCCAUCCCCCACCCCCCGGGUCUGCCCAAAGCCGACCCAGGGCACUGGUGGGCGAGCUUCUUCUUCGGGAAGUCCACUCUCCCUUUCAUGACCACGGUUGUGGAGUCCCCGGAGCACUCGGAAGCCCCCCAGGCCUCCAGGAGCGUGACCACCUGCGGCCUGGCCCCAGCAGCCACGAGGACGCAGCCCUGCAGCCCACCCGGCACAGCCGGUCCCCCAACCUGACCGUCGCCACCAGCCCAGGCUGGGCUGCAGGGCCCAGCCUGCCCUAGACCAGGCUGCCGGAGCAGGAAGGAAGUUGGGUUCUUUGGUGGCAACACCGGAAGUCAGCAAGCCCUGCUCUCUGCUGUCCCAGCACACCCGAGCUUCCAGACACCCUAACUCCUGGGCCUCGCAUCAAGUGGAAAAUAAACUCCAAGCAGCCAGCAGCG